UCCCGCCAGAUUCCACGAUCAAGCACAUGCAGACGUCUCAGCAUCCCGAACGCCACCCUUGAACGGUAUGGAUAUUGCUCCACACCACUCCCCGUGUUGAGUAAUGACCACAAUAUUUCUGCCAAUAUGUUGUUAUGGAUGGCGGAGUCAUUGCACUCGCAGUUUUCGCCGUCAUUCAGGCUCUCGAACUUCAAAGCUUCAUAUCUCGGUUUUACACCGUGUUUUGAUUACCGAUGGUCUGCUUGUUCCCAUGAACUUCUCAGACGAAGAGAACAUCACAAGAACACUGGUAACAUGCUUUACACAAAUGUCAGCUUACUUGUAGCCCAUGUCUCAACUCUCCAAACUCCUCGCUCUCAUCAACAACGCUACCAAGGUCAUCGAGGCCCAGACUUCAACUGACCUCUCCCUCGACAAAACGACUACCGAGAACGACGCUCUUUCGACACCCGAAGUACGCGAAGCUAUCCGCAUCAUAGAGGGUGCUUGUGCACAGCUAGUCGCAAGUGUCGCUCGUCCAAGCCACACGAUACUUAAUAAAAUAUUCGCUUACUCUGAACCUGCUUGCAUUCGAGCAGUCGUCACACUCAAAGUUCCUGAUCUACUUCUUGACGAGCCUCAAGGCCUUCAUGUCUCCGAGAUAGCGCGGCGAGCGAACGUGGAUCAGGGAAAGCUUGCACGAAUCAUGCGCCUCCUUGCAACGAAACACUGUUUCCGUGAAGUCAAACCUGACAUCUUUGUCAACAACCGCCUAAGCAUUCAAUUAUUGAGCACGAAUGCGCUUUCUGAUUUGGCUCUGCAUAUCACCGAUGAAGUCGCAAAAUCGGCUACAAUGCUCAUAGAAACUCUGACCGAUCCUGAUAUGGGACCUUCCUAUUCCCCGAAUAAAACUCCUUUUAACAAGUACAGUGGAUAUCCCGGCUCUGCAUUUGAGUAUUUUGGUACAGAUGCCGGACUCGCAAAAGGUGCUCGAUUUGGUCGCGCCAUGAAAGGUUGGGGUCAAGGAAUUGCAGCUUUAUCUGUCAUAAAUGAGUAUCCUUGGGCUAAAUUACCUCCAGGGAGCAUCGUCGAUGAUCUGGGCGGAGGAGAUGGUUCAAUCACAAUGGAACUGUAUAAGGCACACCCGCACCUCCAAUAUAUUCUCCAAGACCUCCCGCAGGUGAUUUCUCGAGCAGAGAAUGAGAUUUGGCCGACGCAGGCUCCGCAGGCGCUCAAGGACCACAAGAUUGUAUUCGAACCAGUCGACUUCUUGAAGGAGACACCUGUUCCGGGUUGCGAUAUUUACUAUCUCAAGAACGUAAUGUCAGUGACACCAUGUUGCUCAAAGCUCUCUUUUUUUAAAGACGGUUUCCUCCGCAGUCACGACUGGCCGAACAAAGAAUGCAUUCAAAUCCUCUCAAAUGUUCGCGCAGUGAUGAAACCCGGGAGUCGCGUUCUCGUUCAGGAGUACGUUCUUCAACAUACAACUUCAGAGGGUAUCGAUGCUGGAGUAAAGAUCGCUCCAGAGCCCCUAUUGCCGAACUAUGGGGAAGGCCGAAUCAACGCUUACAACCUUGACCUCGAUAUGAUGGUCAUGGCAAACAGCCAGGAACGAUACCAGGAAGAUUUUGCAAAGCUCGGAGAAGAAGCCGGUCUCAAGAUCGUGAAGGUCUGGGACUCUGGGGAUACUGGUCUUGUUGAGUUUGCGAUUGAGGAUGCAGACAUCGGUAUGAAGGGUGCAUAG